AUGGCUCUUUAUCAGAUUUCUGGACUUUUUACACUUCGACUCUCAUCCUUCAUUAAUGCUGCCCUGUCUCUAACGCUUCUCUUCUGCAGAGGUUAUUCUCAGGAAGCUCCAACAAAGCAAAUAGUGGCUCUGCUGGGUGAUGAUGUUGUUUUACCCUGUUUCCUGAAAACUGCUGUGGAUGUAUCACAGCUGCAGCUGGAGUGGGCAAGAACUGACCUGACACCAGGAUUUAUCUACAUGUGGGAGAAAAAUAAAGAAAACGUGGACGACAAGCAGCCGUCAUAUGCUGGAAGAACCUCACUGUCCUUUGAUAAUCUGAAGCAUGGAGACGUCUCACUGACUCUCUCCAAAGUACAGCUGUCUGAUGAAGGACUGUACAGAUGUUUCAUUCCACAGCUGGGUCAAAGGUCAUAUGUUCAUCUUAUUGUUGGGUCAGCAUCUACACCCGUCAUAAAGGUGAUGUCAAAUGACAGCAGCAGGGUGGUGUUACAGUGUGAGUCUGCAGGCUGGUAUCCAGAGCCUGAGCUGCUGUGGUUGGACGGUGAGGGAAACCUCCUCUCUGCUGGACCUACAGAGACCCUCAGAGGUCCUGAUGACCUCUAUACUGUCAGCAGCAGAGUGACUGUGGAGAAGAGACACAGCAACAACAUCACCUGCAGAGUCCAACAGAGGAACACCAACCAGAGCAGAGAGACACACAGACAUGUUCCAGGCUCUGCUGUCAGGAAGGAACCAUCGGCCACUUUCAUCAUUGUGAUCGUUGGCCUGCUGUGGAUUUGUACCAUUGUCACUGUCGUGUGGAAUUUCACACCAUCAAAAAAACCUGACCCCAAAGAGAUUAAAACUGAGAAGAAAACAACAAAACAAAAAUGCACCAGAGCUCCUGCUGACAACACCGAGAUCAUAGCAAUAAAAGCAGUGCCGCCAUCAGAACAGCUGGAAGACGACACAUCUGCUGCUGAGGAGAUCAAAGAAGGCGAGAAGGAAAAGAAACGGAAGAAACCGAAAGUUCCUGCUACAGCAUCUACACCCGUCAUAAAGGUGAUGUCAAAUGUCAGCAGCAGGGUGGUGUUACAGUGUGAGUCUGCAGGCUGGUAUCCAGAGCCUGAGCUGCUGUGGUUGGACGACACCAAGGUGAAUGAAACUGAGCUGAAAACAAUGAAACAAAAACGCAGCAGAGCUCCUGCUGACGACACCGAGGCCAAAGAAAUAAAAGAAGAGCCACCAUCAGAACAGCUGGAAGACGACACAUCUGCUGUUGACAUGAGUGAGGUGAUCAAAGAGGGCGAGGAAAACCAGGAAACAGACGGCACAGUCAGGCUUAACCAGCAGUGA